UUGCCCCUCUGCCCCCGAAUUGAGCUUAUGGCUUGCCUAUUCAAGAGUCGGGAAGUAACGUUCCAGCUCUAUAAAGUUCCGUUUAGGCCGUGUACAGUCUGGGCGUCUGGUGCCUUUUGGGAAAGGUGCCAGAGAGCUUUACUAGAAUAUUGAUGUCUUUACAGACCAUGUACUAUUCGAGUAGCUUGUUUUGUUUGCACUGGCGGAAACUGAGGGGCAUAGAUCGACUAGCCAGUUAGUAUCCUUAUCCCCAGGAUUAAAAUACUAGAUGACACGCGUUUAAGGAGAAGGGGUUAAUUGUGUUGAGGAAGAGUUGCGUCAAUACAAUAAAUCUAAUUGAUUACAAAUGGAGAAGAGGCUAGCCCCGCAAGGAGAUCGUGCUGGAGUUGGAAAGAUGGCAGCUUUUGAUAGUGCGAAGCGUGUCGUGGAAUCUCAACGAAAUUUACAGAAUUGCCCACCUUCGAGAAGCUUGCCAACUCAACGAAUGACACCUGCUUGUAAUGUGGCCCAGCACCGUGCACCUCUUCAAGCACGGGUUUUGUCUUCUAAUUCUCUUCCAAGCAAGAGCCAAGUGCCAGCUGAUCAAAUAAAACAGAAAAUGCAAGUCCCUCCGCAUUUGAAGCAAGCUGGUCAAACUGAAGUUAAGCAAAUUAGUCCAGCUAUGACAAACCCGACCACCAUGCAGCCAGUUGAGAAACCAAGUGAAGGAAAAACAACGGAGAAUACAUCAGUGGAACGCCAAAGUUCAAGUGAAAAGAAAAAAAAACAGUGGUCCUUGGACGACUUUGAAAUUGGGCGUCCGCUUGGGAAAGGUAAAUUUGGAAAUGUGUACUUGGCCCGCGAACGACAGUCCAGAUUUAUCCUGGCAUUAAAAGUGCUUUUUAAAUCUCAGCUUGAGAAAGCUGCUGUGGAACACCAACUCAGAAGAGAAGUUGAAAUUCAAUCACAUCUCAGGCAUCCCAAUAUUUUAAGAUUAUUUGGCUACUUCCAUGAUGCUUCCAGAGUGUAUUUGAUCUUGGAAUAUGCUCCACGUGGUGAACUUUACAAAGAGCUGCAGAAAUGUGGAAAAUUUGAUGAGAGACGAAGUGCUACAUAUAUGUCUGAGCUGGCUGAUGCACUUGUAUAUUGCCAUUCAAAGAAGGUGAUUCAUAGGGACAUUAAGCCAGAAAAUUUGCUGCUUGGAGCAAAUGGAGAACUGAAGAUUGCCGAUUUUGGAUGGUCUGUGCAUGCUCCGGCAUCCAGGAGAUCAACAUUGUGUGGUACUUUGGACUAUCUGCCACCAGAGAUGAUUGAAGGAAAAAUGCAUGAUGAGAAUGUUGACCUCUGGAGCCUUGGUGUUUUGUGCUAUGAAUUUUUAGUAGGUCAUCCUCCAUUUGAAGCAGCUGAUCGUCAAGAAACCUUUCGGAGAAUUUCUCGAGUUGACCUUAAAUUUCCAGCCUUUGUAACGGAGGGGGCAAAGGAUCUAAUCAGUCGGUUGCUUAAACACAACCCCAAUCAACGGCUAGGAUUGAAAGAAGUACUUGAACAUUCAUGGGUGGUUAAAAAUUCCACUAAACCAACCACUCAAAAAAAGGAACCUUUGCCAUCUUCGAAUCCCAGUUCUUAAAGCACAAAGACAUCGAGCGUGCUGGUUUUGAGACUUGGUAGUGCAAUAACUAUUUUCUGACUGCCUGCAGCACUAUUGUCUAGUUUGAAAUGCUGGGAUCUAGCAUUUGUUUCAACAGAUCAUUUAAAAUCUGGCAUGAUGUAGAAUACUCAACACCACUAAUGUUAAUUUUUAUUGUCUCUUGAAAAAUUUGUAUGGCGUUCAUUCAGUUUACAGAAUAUUUCUACUAGUGAAUAGAAUCAACUCCAAACUGUGAGGGUACCUCACAUGUGAAUGCUGUUCAAAAGGGAUGAGAUUGCAUCAUUUCUGGUUUGUGAAGCCUGUUGAGUUUAAACCAACCAGAAUUCAACUCCUUUGUUGACUGACUUGAACUGGUUAAAUGGGAAAAGCUGUGUCGCUGAUGUAUGGUGAACUGGGAUGUUUCACUAAUUUUGCCUAUGGCCAGCUCUUUGAAUUGUUGGCUUAAAUUAAUUGCUUACUGGCUGUAUAUGUUCAAUAAAGACUAUCUUGUACUGUUAUACUUCUAAAAUUUGACAUUUAAAAUUUGAAUUGCAAUAACACCCUUUGUGUAAAAUAAAACAAUUGCCCACAACCAUUAAUGACAAGAUUUGAUGUAUUGAAAGGUUGAAUUUAAUUUUGUUAAUUUGAUCCAUGAAGCCUUUUAGUCUUGUAUACAAUGAACCUCCAUGGAUAUUUUAAUCAUAGCUGUAAAAUAAAGACUUUUUUUCCUUCAGUGCCCACUUGCAUGUAAUUUACCUUUAGGACUUGGGCAUUCUCCUUUAGCUGCAUUAUGGGCUUUUUGAAUGGAGAAAACUAUAUAAACAGAUGUUGCAUAUGCAGUUUAACUCCUAAUCCAGUAAAACAGCAGCGAGGUCAGACACAGCAGCCACCUGAGUUCCAAUCAAAGCUGUAUUUGUUCAUCCACCACUUUUUACAAUCGCAAGUCACUGCUGCAUGCUAAAAGCCAAGUACUUCAGGUUUACGCCCAUCAGCAAGUUGCUCAAUAAUGAUGGAGCUGGACUUGUCUGCAUUGAUGCCUGAGGUUGUAGCAUACCAUUGACAAGAUGGGUGUACAGUCCAACAAACAGCAAGUGAUUGUGUUGGGUGUUUUUCUUGUGAUGACAAAACUCUGGACAUUGAUCAUGUAGAAUACUGUAAGUCCAGUUCACUGUUCAUUGGUGAGACUGAGGGCAAGGGAGCUGCAUUGCCUUGGUUGUGGUGAGGACUUUGCCUGUGACACGGGAUCACUUGUUGCAGUCGCCCAGGGGAGGAGAUGCUGAGGCAGUGUAGGACAAUAGGGGCCUCUGGACAUGCUGGAAUCUAUACAAGGUUAAGAGCUGGACCAAAACAACUUGCAGUCAAUCUGCAAUCAUGCCACACAGGGACUUGGGCUAUACUUUUCUUCGAAUGUUUUUCUGAAAUUGUAUUGAUGUAUUAUUUGCACUGUGCUGUUGGCAAUGUGUUUUGCACCUAGAGGAAUACUACAUUUGACUGUAUUCAUGUAUGCUUGAAUGAUAAUUAAACUUGAACUUGAUUGGUCAAAUAUUAUAUGCAGUAUAAUAGAAUUUGACCCAGCCUGUUAUAGGCUGGAUAAUUUGUGCUGCUGCUGAAUGAAACCUUGCUGGAUUUCACUUUUGGUAAAAUGCAAAUAGCUUAUAAAUUUCAUGAAAUG